AUAAUGGCAUCAUAUAGUAGUUCAUCUGAUGAGAACAGUGAGGAAAAUAUUGAAGAUUUAGAUUUGGAGGAUCAGGAGGAAUUUGGUCUUUUUUUGAAGCAUCGAAAAAGGAAUUAUAAGGGAAAUACAAAAGAAGAUAGAAUGUUAGGGGUUUUUAUGGAUGAUAGUGAUGAAGAUUAUAAUGGAAUUGGUGAAAAACAGUUAAGAUAUAAACAUGUUCGUUUUACAACUCCAAAACAUAUUGAUAAUAUAUAUCAAGAAAACAAAGGAUAUUCAGAUAAAAAAAGUACAGAAGAAUCAGAAAAAGAUAGUUCUAGUAAAUAUGGGCAUUUUUCUUAUGUAUAUAAGCCACGUACGGAAGCUUUAAAUGAUCAACAAGCAUUUUAUAGUUCUAAACAAUACAAGACAGUAAAAGUUGAAGAAGAAUCAAAUCCACAAAGACCAUUUAAGUCCACAAUAGACUUGUCAUCAAGUAGUUCAGCAUCAAAGAAUAAGCCGAAAUUAGUUAAUUCAGAAACAUCUAAAUAUUUUAAAAAUUCAGGAUUUGGAGCAAAAAUGUUAGAAAAAAUGGGAUAUGUUGCAGGCCAAGGUUUAGGAUCUCAAGGUCAGGGUAUUUUAAAUCCUGUAGAAACAAAAGUGAGACCAACACGCGCGGGUCUUGGACUAAUAAAGGAAAAAACGCAACAAGCAAUUGAGGAAUCAAGACGACGAGGUGAAAUAAGUGAAGAUGAAGAGGAUCUGCCUAUAAAAAAGCCUGUGCAUGAACGAAAAUCAGAAAAAGUUCAUAAAGAAAAAAUAAAAUAUAAAACUGCAAGUGAGAUCGCAGGUGGCAUGGAAGUUCCUCCAGUACUUCAACAGAUUAUUGAUAUGACUGAAAAAGAGGUAAAGUUGAUAGAAAAUGUUUCUGGAACAAUGUCUAUUCCUAUGACUUUAAGUCGUAAUGAUGAAAUGUAUCAAAUAUCAUUAAUGGCUAGACGUGAUUUGGAAAUGUACGCAACAGAAUGGAAGCAAUUGCAAGAUCGUAAAGUAUAUAUUGAAAUGGAAGAGUUAAGAAUCAAUGAGGAUGCAAAAAAAGAGUCAGUGAAAAUUGAAAAACUUGAAAAGAUUAUAAAGGAAAUUGAAGAUAUUUAUUUAUUUUGUAAGAAUAAUUCAGAAGACAGUCUUGAAUUAUUAAACAAUAUCUCUGGAAUGUUAGAAGAGAUUCAGCAUAAAUUUUUCGAAGAAAUCAAAAUAUAUAAUCUUGAUGAAGUUAUAAUUUCUAUUCUUUUUCCUAUAGUAAAAUCGCUAUUUUUAUCAUGGGAUCCUUUAGAAAAACCUAGUCCUGUUUUAAACUUUUUUCAUAAAUGGAAACAAAUCAUAGGAGUAAAAAAUAUAUCCGAGAUUGAUCAAGAAGAUGAUUCUUUUUCAUUAAAGCAAACAAUAAUGACACCUUUUGAAAGUAUGUUGCAAUAUUUAUGGGUCCCCAAAGUCCGUUCGGCAAUUAAUAACACAUGGAAUCCUUAUAAUUAUUCUUCUGCUCUUCUUCUUUUUGAAUCAUGGAAGAAUUUAUUAUCACCAUUUAUUCAGGAUUUUGUAUUAAAUCAGCUUAUACUUCCAAAACUUCAAAAGUCUAUUUUUAAUUGGAAUCCACGAAAUUUUAUUAAAAAAAAGAGUUCACGACUUCCACAUGUAUGGCUUUUUCCUUGGUUACCUUUGUUGAAAGAAAAUACCGAAACACUGAUUGACGUUGUUAAAAGGAAAUUUAGAAUGAUAUUAAGCUCAUGGGAUAUAAAAGAUGGUCCUAUAGAGGAAUUGAAUCUAUGGAAAGAGAUUUUUGGAGAUGCUCAAUUUGAAAAAUUAAUGUUAAAUUAUAUAUUACCGAAGUUAUCAGCAUGUCUUCGAUUAGAUUUCUUUAUUGAUCCAAGUGAUCAGAAAUUAGAACCUUUAGAAUGGAUACUUCCAUGGCGUAGUUUUUUUAAACCUUCAGUAUUUGAUCAAUUGUUUGCAACUGAAUUCUUUCCAAAAUGGAUGGAUAUACUUUAUUUAUGGCUUACCGAUCCAGAAUGUAAUUAUACACAAGUUAGCGAAUGGUAUCAAUGGUGGCAACAGGUAUUUCCUCCAGAAAUGCUUGAAAUGCCAAUGAUUCGUGAAUCAUUUAUAAACGGUUUAGAUAUGAUGCAUCAAGCACUUAAUCUUGGAAAUGAUGUUUCUGAAAAAUUACUUCCUCCUGUGACAAAUCUUACACAACCUAUAGAAAUAGAAACUAAAGAAACUCCAUUACCUAAAACAUAUUCAAAGAAAUUGCAGGAUGAAGAUGUUGUAUUUAAAGAUGUUGUUGAAGAUUUUUGUCUAGAACAUGAUCUUGUUUUAAUACCUUUACGAAAAGCACAUGAAGAUACAGGAAAUCCUCUUUUCAGAAUCACUGCAAGUGCAAGCGGAACAGGUGGAAUUAUUGUAUAUAUUAAAGGAGAUGUUGUUUGGGUACAAAAUGUUAAAAAUAAAAAUGAAUUUAGUCCAGAAUCUUUAAAUUAUAUUUUAACAUUGGCACAAAAAUCAAGUUGUCGGAUAUAAUUAGCAUAUACA